GCUUGUGGGAGUGCGCGCGUUUUCUCGAUUGUCAGUGUCAAGUCAAGAAAAUCUUAUCGUUUUCAUUACUAUUUUAUUCUUUUGAUUUGUAAAUAAAUAUGCAGUUAAUACAAGAUUAACUAUCUUUAAUCUACUUUUCAAUCUAUUAUUGUACUAUACUCACUGUGCUAUCUCUUAAAUAUCACAGUGAAUUUGUUUAAACCUAAUACCGAUCUUCCCUUAACAAAAAUCAUUACUCAAAAAUGAGUAACUCUGCAAUAGAUAAUACUUGGACUAAAGAUUUAAGAGAAACCCUCAAUGACAAACGCAAAGCAACGAAAGAAAGAAUAUUGUCACAGUCGGACAGCAGCAGAGAAAAUUCACGCAGUAGGAAAAGGGCAAAACCCAAUGAGAAAUCAAGCGUUGAAACACGAGCAAGUAAACCAAAGAAGCCUGUUGAACUAGAGACUGACCCAUUAAUGUUGCAAAGAAGACAGAAACAAAUUGACUAUGGAAAAAACACAACUGGCUACCAUAACUAUUUGCAGCAAGUACCUUUAGACAAGCGCACUAAGGAUGACCCAAAGACCCCUGAUAAAUAUUCAAAAUACAGCCGCAGGUCAUGGGACCAAUUGAUCAAGAUAUGGAGGUUGAAGUUACAUGAGUAUGAUACUGAUGGAGCCAAGUCAAACACUGGGUCUAACUCUGGCUCUGUGGCCGGUUCCGCUACUUAUUCUGAUGAAGAAGAGGAAGAGGGUGAUAAUGAUGAGCAAUAGAUAUUUUAGUUGUACAUAAUUAGAUUAAUUAGGCAUAGGAGUUCUUAAAACACCAUACAACUUCUGCAAGAAUGCUGUUGAAUUCAAGGU